CGUUUCAUUGCGGAGUCCACCUGAUUGUCACAAAUCGCCGCAAGCAGAGAAUUCCAUACCCCCUCUUAAUUCUCAAGCCUUGGGCAAGGGGUCAUACAAAACCUUAAUAAAUCCCCUGAAAUUAAACUCUGCAAAUCCGACGUGUAAAACCCUAGAAAACAAAUCUCGUAAUUACAUUACAAAUCUCUCUGUAUCCUCGAUGGGUUUAAUCAGAAGCAGUUUUCAAUUUGUGGUGGGGACUGUGUUCGGAGUGUACGUUGCGCAGAACUACAGCGUUCCAAACAUUCACAAGCUUGUCAACUCGGGGGUUGCAAUCGCGAAGCACUUCGAAGAGAAUUAUCGCAAGCCCAAGAAGAAAGAUGAAGGCAAUUGAUUGAUUCACAAAGUUAUUAUCAUGGCGUCAUUGGAUUCCAGCUCUUUUUUUUUUUUUUUUAAACCCUAACCCAUGAGGGGUUUUUAUUAGAGACUGGAAUUGGGAAUGAGAAAUUUUUGCUUUUUAUUUAUUUAUUUAUUAUUAUAAUUCAAAGUCGAAUAAUUUGAUGAUC